AUGGUGGUCAAGCGGCGACACAGAAAGUCCUUUGUCCCGAGCGGGAAUUACCCGCGGAGAGGGCGGGGGCAGCCCGGGGCCGCACUGGACCGCCGCGCGGCGCGGUGGGCUGCAUUCAAAGAGGAAAUUUCCCGGAGGUUUAAGGCCCAGCAGGACCAGCUCGUCUUGAUCUUUGCUGGGAAGAUCCUUAAGGAUGGGGACACGCUGAACCAGCAUGGAAUCAAGGAUGGGCUCACUGUCCAUCUGGUCAUCAAGACCCCUCAGAAAGCUCAAGAUCCGGCUGCUGCCACCGCCUCUUCCCCCUCCUCUCCAGACCCGGCCUCUGCGCCCUCCACCACACCGGCUUCACCUGCCACCCCCACCCAGCCCUCCACUUCCGGCAGCGCCCCUUCAGAUGCUGGCAGUGGAAGCCGGAGAAGCAGUGGUGGGGGGCCCUCCCCAGGGGCUGGGGAGGGAUCCCCCAGCGCUACCUCAUCCAUACUCUCUGGCUUUGGGGGCCUCCUGGGGCUGGGCAGCCUGGGCCUGGGCUCUGCCAACUUCAUGGAGCUGCAGCAGCAGAUGCAGAGGCAGCUGAUGUCCAACCCCGAGAUGCUAUCUCAGAUCAUGGAGAACCCCUUGGUCCAGGACAUGAUGUCUAACCCCGACCUGAUGCGCCACAUGAUCAUGGCCAACCCGCAGAUGCAGCAGCUGAUGGAACGGAACCCGGAGAUCAGCCACAUGCUCAACAACCCCGAGCUCAUGAGACAGACCAUGGAGCUUGCACGGAAUCCAGCCAUGAUGCAGGAGAUGAUGCGGAACCAAGACCGGGCCCUGAGCAACCUGGAGAGCAUCCCCGGAGGGUACAAUGCGCUCCGCCGCAUGUACACCGACAUCCAGGAGCCCAUGUUCAGCGCUGCCCGCGAGCAGUUUGGCAACAAUCCCUUCUCCUCCCUGACCGGGAACUCCGACAGCUCAUCCUCCCAGCCUCUGCGGACUGAGAAUCGAGAGCCCCUCCCUAACCCCUGGAGCCCCUCGCCCCCCACCUCCCAGGCCCCCGGGUCCGGUGGGGAGGGCACCGGAGGAUCGGGGACCAGCCAGGUGCACCCGACAGUCUCGAACCCCUUUGGGAUCAAUGCGGCUAGCCUGGGGUCAGGAAUGUUCAACAGCCCCGAGAUGCAGGCCCUCCUCCAGCAGAUCUCCGAGAACCCCCAGCUGAUGCAGAAUGCCAUCUCGGCUCCCUACAUGCGCAGCAUGAUGCAGACGUUGGCCCAGAACCCCGACUUCGCUGUGCAGAUGAUGGUGAACGUGCCGCUCUUUGCCGGGAACCCCCAGCUGCAGGAGCAGCUCCGCCUGCAGCUCCCUGUCUUCCUGCAGCAGAUGCAGAACCCGGACUCGCUCUCCAUCCUGACCAACCCUCGUGCCAUGCAGGCGCUGCUGCAGAUCCAGCAGGGUCUGCAGACCCUGCAGACCGAGGCCCCCGGGCUGGUACCCAGCCUGGGCUCCUUUGGGAUGUCCCGGACCCCAGCACCCUCAGCAGGCAGCACCACUGGGCCUACGCCGGAGGCCCCCAGCUCCUCGCCAGCCCCGCCGGCCACCGCUUCCCCGACAGGCACCUCCAGCGCACAACAGCAGCUCAUGCAGCAGAUGGCCCAGCUUCUGGCCGGAAGUGGGAAUUCACAGGUGCAGACCCCAGAAGUAAGAUUUCAGCAGCAACUGGAGCAGCUCAACUCCAUGGGCUUCAUCAAUCGGGAGGCCAACCUGCAGGCCCUGAUUGCCACCGGAGGCGACAUCAACGCCGCCAUCGAGAGACUCCUGGGCUCUCAGCUCUCCUAAUCCCUGGGCCCAUGCCUCCUGCUCCCCCUUCCUGAUGCCAGUGUUCCAUUCCUCUGACCGCCCCACCCUCUGGAGUUUGCCGUCCCUUCCGGUUUCUCUCCAGACAGCACAGUGAGCUUCGAGGCAUGGGCCCCCAGCCCCACAGCUCUGUCCCAGAACCUCUGGUUUUCCUUCCGCAUCCCCUGCUGAACCUUCUCAGCUGGUCCUCCUGGGGCCUGGCUCUGGAGCACUGCCCUUUUGUCGGGUUGGCUCCGCCCCCUUGUCCCACAGCCACCUUUGGGAGUCUCCAAACUUCUCAGCAGCAAGGGAGAGCCAGAGGAGGCAGCCGCUCUGGGGGGGAGACUGGAACGGGCUCUUUCAGCUGUACCACAAGGAGUUGGCUUACCUUAUGCUUCCUUCUGGUAACUCUUCUCUCCCUCUCUCCCCUGACGCCCUCUUCCCCACAGCCCUGCCUCUGCUGAGAAAAGGGGCCCUACUAAAGCUUCAUCCUUCGAAGGAGGGCCGGGGAAGCCGGCUCUCUGUGAUUUUCCUUCUC